UUAAUAUCAAACAACGUUCUGUUCCUUGACAUGCCUGUAGGAGUUGGAUUUUCGUACUCAAACACUUCCUCUGAUUUGCUCACCAAUGGUGACAAGAGGACCGCCCAAGAUUCUCUGAAGUUUCUGCUGAAAUGGUUAGAACGCUUUCCCAAAUACAAAGGGAGAGACUUUUAUAUAGCUGGGGAGAGCUACGGAGGUGAAACCUUUUUGUCACUUAUCUCUAUCUUCUGUGCCGUUGUAAGACACAACCAAGCUUCUGAGGAAAAAGCUACUAACAUUAAGGGUUACAUGGUAGGAAAUGGGCUGAUGGAUGAUUUCCAUGACCACCGAGGUCUUUUCCAAUAUAUUUGGUCACUGGGUUUUAUCUCUGACCAGACAUACAACCUCCUGAAUCUUUCCUGCGGGUUAGAGUCAUUUGUUCACCCGUCCGAAGCAUGUCAGAAGGUUCUGGAUACUGCAGACAAGGAAAUGGGAAACAUCGACCAAUACAUUGUCUUCACCCCAACAUGCCCUGCAAACGUCUCCCAGUCAAAACUGUUGCUAAAGAAAAGACCUAUAUUCGGCCGUGUCAGCGAAGAGUAUGAUCCUUGCACAGAGAAGCACUCUAGAGUGUACUUCAAUCCUCCAGAGGUUCAAAAGGCCCUCCACGUCCCACCCGAAUUUGCACCAUCCAAAUGGGACAUUUGCAGUGAUACCGUGAGUGAACACUGGAAUGAUUCUCCACCCUCGGUUCUGAACAUUUACCACGAGCUUAUAGCCGUUGGACUUCGUAUCUGGGUUUUCAGUGGAGAUGCUGAUGCUGUUGUACCGGUCACAGCAACCCGUUACAGCAUAGAGGCUCUCAACCUUCGUCCUCUGAGCCCAUGGUAUUCAUGGUACAUGGAUGGACAGGUCGCAGGCUGGACCCAGCAAUACGCAGGAUUGAACUUCGUUACAGUGAGAGGUGCAGGCCAUGAAGUACCUCUGCACAGACCGAAGCAGUCUCUUGAGCUCUUCAAGGCCUUCGUGUCUGGAAAUCCGCUACCAACGUCUGAGAAGAACAGCGGCCACAUGCCUGAACAAGCCAUUGUUGUCCCUGAACUUGUCAGUGAUGCAUGAUGAGAGCUCUGCCUGUUAAGGUUCACUGGGGUUUGAUCAGAAACUUUGAAAGAGCUAUUCUAGGAAUAAAGAGGCAUAUA